AUGUAUAUGAGUAAUACUUCUUCUACUACGUCUUCUUCUCAUGGUGAUGGGGGGAGCCAUUCUAUCUUGAACCCUUCCAUGUUAUCUGCAUCUCUCGCCGAUGAGCUGUAUGAAGAGCACCAACAGCAACAGCAACAGCAUCGACGAACAAAGCAUCAGCAACAGCAACCGACCUUCUCCACCUUCAUCAACCAGCCAUCACCGCGAUCCAUGGCUUCUUCCAUUGCGUCCGCAUUGCCUUUCAUCAAUUCAAGACUAGGGGAAGACGAUCCAGAUAAUGGGCCAGCAUUUGCCUUUCCAAAGAAAGAAGGAUCUCCUUUGACGAUGAGUGCAUCCUUGACAGCAGCGAGGAGUAUGGAUAGCAGCAGCGUCAGCAGCAGCAGCCACCGGCAACAACAACGACAUCGUAAACGUACCACUACAUCACCAGCGAUGAGUCAUCUAUCUGCAGAGACUACAUGGAAGAGAAUUCAGGCUGACAAGGAACGUGAAAUGGAUGUCUUGCAACGCUAUUACAACAAAAGAGCCAAUGUUCAUAAGCAGCUUGGACAACUACGCCAAGGCAUUGAUGACAUAAAAAAGCAGUUGAAGCAAGCACUUGCCAAUGAGGAUUAUCGGGAAGCCGAGACAAUGCAACAUCAACUCGAGACAAUGACUACAAAAUGGUGGGAUCUUUUUUCGACCGUACACGAACAACUCGAUCAGCAGAUCUAUGAUGGAUGGCAACGACUUGCCACAUUAGUCACUCGUGAAACGAAUGCAGCCACCAAAUUAGCAGAUGCAAGUCAGCUGUUAAGGGAAGAACGUGAGCAGCAGCAAUUGCAACUACAAAUCCAACAUGAGCGCAUAUACAAUGAUCAAUUACAAGCUAUCCAUGAAGAACGAGAGGAGAUUGAAAAGGAACAAAGUGAAAUUGCAUUCGAGGUGGAAAUGUGGGAACAAUCGCACGCUGAAUACAAGAGUCGAGUGGAUGAGAUCGUGCAUAAGGAAAAGCGACAAAAGGAGCAAUUGAUGGCCAAAGUUCAAGAUACCCAAAACGAGAUUGAUGAGCUCAUGUCACGUUUGGCUGAUCUACAGCAGCAACAAGAUGAAUAUCGAGAUGAGAUUCAACGAUUGGAUAAACGUAUGGAGGAAGCGACACGAGAGUAUUUGCCCGAAAAGGAUGCAUUAGAAAAGGAUCGAUUGAAUGUAGAAGAACGUCGACGGAUAUUGGAGCAAAAAACGAAUGAUAUCGAUCGUCGUGACGAAGAAUUACAUCGUUAUAUGGAGCAACAAACUCGAGAACAGGAGCGUGGAACAAAGGAGCUUGAAAGCCUUGUUGACCAAAUUACCAAAGUUGGAGAGCAGGCAUCCCAGGGUGAGGAGCACGCAUCGCAGCUCGUCAAAGUUUUGGACACCCUGAUCAAGGCGCGUGAUAUGCAGGUGGUGGAGAAAAAGAGGAAGAUGACCGAGGCUCGUCAACGUGUGGUGCACCAGUUACAAUCCGUUGAUUCAACGCGUCGGCAAGCUUAUGCAGCACGAUGCCAUAUGGAGCAACAAGAAGAACAACUUGAACGACUUGAAGCACAACUCAAAAGCUUGCAACGACAUAAGCAAGUAGCUGUGGAAACAGGGCAAUUGGGCAAAGCGGCUCGAGCAGCAAACCAAAUCAAGCUGGCUGAAGAUAAUUGGCGAGAGGCUCAAUCCAUCCUCAAUGAAAAACAGCAAGCUGCCAAAGAUGUCAUGGCUCGUUUGGUUGAACAAGAGAAAGAAGCGGAUGCAUUGGAAAGCACAUGUGCACAAAUUGAAUCAGAAUUAGGCUGUGAGAUCGUUGCAGCUUUGGAAAAUUUCAAGGAGGAGCUAUCAGACCAGAGGACGAAUACGUUACUCGAACGUCUCGUGGAUUUGGAAUGUGACACGUUGAACCUGGAGAUCGAGACAAUGAGGAAGAUUCAGAAUUUCAAACAAGAUAUCAACUUGUUGCAGAUUGACGAUGAUCACCCUUCUCCACCACAAGUAUAA